AUGUGGAAACUUUCGCUGCUAUUGGUUCUUUGCGCUCUGUCUUCGAUUGAAGCUCAAUCGAAUCGAGAUUAUUGUGAAAGUGUAUUCGCAGAUUGUCAACGAUUUACUCCGAGAAUAGGAAGAUUUGAUGAGACUAUAGAUUCUUUUAAUCGACAUUGUCGUCGAGAACGUCGAGGAAGAUGGAAUAAUGUAUCUCGGUGUGAAAUGGAGAAAGCUACCUGCCUUCUGAUUUUACAAAGGUGUGAUGAUAUGUCCUGCAAAAACAUUGCCGAAGUGUUGGAAUUAUAA